UCCGACGAUAAUUAUUUUUAGCUGCACGAUGGUGAACUUAUAUUCUAGUGUUGCGUGGCGCAUACGUAUUUAUGUUGCUAGCCGUUUCAACCAACAAUAUGUUUUUGAUAUCAGCAAAAGAACACGUUUGUGUGGAAAAUAAGUGAUAGUAAACAAUGUCGAGUACUUUACAAGUUAGUAAGAAUUUAGUGAAUAUAGUGGGAAACUGAUGCGACUCGUUGCGCCUGCACAGUGGCAGUGAUUUUGUGUCCAAUAAAAAUACCUCCGGGAUACUAUGUGGUGGUUUUUUCUAUAAAAUUUAAAAGCACAUAGUUAAUAUAGUUAAUUCUGCAGAACAGCAUUCUCUCAUGUGAACCAUACGAACCUGAGCUCUGGAAAGAAUGGCCAUAAACAAGAAACUGUUGCCUAUAAAGGCCCACUAUUUUUUCUUUAUGGCAGCAAUGGGUCCAAUUUUACCACAGCUUUCGGUUUAUGGUAAAGAACUAGGUAUAUCAUCAGUCGUUAUGGGAACCAUCACUGGAAUCCUACCCUUCGCUUUCCUUUUGGCGAAGCCAGCAUUCGGCUUAUUGGUGGACAUUUAUCGAAAUUAUAGAAAAAUGAUUUUCAUGUUGUUGAUAGUUGUGAUGACCGUAUCAUACACUGUGAUGAAUUUUAUUCCUCCACGACAAGUGCUGAAACUGGAGUUCAGGAAUUUUAGCGCCACUCCGGACACAUGUAAUGUUACAGAACUGAACAGUUACGUGGAAUGUUCUAACCACACUGUACGGGUCAACUGUAAGUCAAAAUGUUUCCUUCCUGGAAGUUUUCUUGCCAUCCCCGAUAAUUCUAGUGAAACAAGCUACAAUAUAUGUACUUUUUCAAUUGGUACUCCAUCCACUUCCAACUAUACUUCAGAAAUCUCUUCAGAAAACUCUUCAGAAUCCAUUCUCUGUGACAUAUAUUGCAGCAAUGAAGACGUUGAAAUUGAUAGUGGCUGCUUGUAUAAGUCAUUAUCAUUCUGGAGUUUUGUCGUACUUAUGUCUGUAGGAACAAUAGGCUUCAAUGUCAUAAAUUCAAUUAGUGACGCAAUAUGUUUUGACGUAAUUGGAAAAGAUGGCGACUAUGGAAAACAACGAGUAUGGGGCACCAUAGGGUUUGGCGUAACAGCUUUAAUUUCCGGAUACGUCGUUGAUCUGUUUUCUGACAACACAAUCAAUUAUACUCCUGCCUUUCUGACAAUUUUGGUGUGUUCAGUCAUAGAUCUGGGAGCAUGCAUUAAGCUUGAGCUUCCGAUUAUUCCAGUGCCAGAAAAUAUUUUUAAAGACUUACGGCGACUUCUAAACAGUAAAACCGUAAUUACGUUCAUUACGUUCGCAGUAUUUGCAGGAGUCUUAGACAGUCUAAUAAUUUAUUUUCUCUUUUGGCAUCUUCAAGAAUUAGCUACAGCUACUAACACAGCCAAUGUGAAACUAAUAGAGGGUUUAGUAGUGGCUGCUGAAACUCUUGGUGGUGAAGUAAUUUUUUUCUCAGUGGCUGGAAAAAUUUUGGAACGAAUCGGUCACGUACAUUGCUUUAGUAUGUGCUUUAUUAAUUACGCUCUCCGAUUGGGGUUAAUAUCCUUGGCACCCUCUCCUUGGUGGAUAGUACCGAUCGAGUUCUUUAUGCAAGGACCUACGUAUGCCCUCACCUACACUACAAUUGUUGCAUAUGCCAAUGAGUUAGCGCCUCCGGGGGCAUCAGCGACCAUGCAAGGAAUAGCGGCAGGAAUGGAUGACGGCGUCGGAUAUGCCAUUGGUAGUAUUCUUGGAGGAGUGAUGUUCGAAUAUCUUGGUAGUCAGUCUACGUUACAAGUUUUUAGUGCAUUUGGACUACUGUGUAGUAUUGCGCAUGCGUUACUUCACAGGACAGUAUUACGUAAAGAGUUGCUGGAAAAAAGUGAAGAAAUUGUUGAAUACAAGAGUCCUGAAGAGGCGUAUAAAGCGACUUACCCGGAUAGUUAAUGUUAAUGAAGAAAUAAUUUUAUAAAUAGUAGUUAUUUAAUUUUCAAUUGAUAUAUUUUUUCUAAUAAAUUUUUUAAUACAA